UCUUCUUUGGUGGCUGCUUCUUCUACCUCUCUCUCUCUCUCUCGUCUCUUCUCUGCUGGCCUUAGCGCCCGUUUUGUCCUCGUUAUUCGCCACCAUUGUCAGAGACUUUGACCGGCAACAUGAUAGUGGCGUUGCUCUUGCUGCUGGCAUUGAGCGAUGCCGUCAGAAUCAAUGGCGACGAUGGUGGGGAUGGGCAAUGUGAUUUUAAGCCAAAACUAGACCCAAGGCCACACAGUGUCUCCAUUUCAGAGUUUGGUGCGGUUGGAGAUGGAAAAACGCUCAACACAAUAGCGUUUCAGAAUGCAGUUUUCUACCUCAAGUCAUUCGCUGACAAGGGUGGCGCUCAGUUAUACGUUCCACCUGGGAAAUGGCUCACUGCUAGCUUCAAUCUUACAAGCCAUCUUACUCUCUUUCUGGAGAAAGGUGCUGUCCUUAUUGCAUCUCAGGAUCCACAUCACUGGGAAGUUGUUGAACCCUUACCUUCUUAUGGGCGAGGGAUUGAAGUUCCUGGAGGAAGGUAUCAGAGCUUGAUCAAUGGGCACGAGUUACAUGAUGUGGUCAUAACAGGUAAUAAUGGAACCAUUGAUGGCAUGGGAUUGGUUUGGUGGGAGUGGUUCAGCUCUCGUUCCUUGAACUACAGUCGCCCUCAUCUGGUUGAACUUGUAGCAUCUGAUUCUGUGGUAGUUUCAAAUCUUACAUUCUUGAAUGCCCCUGCAUAUGGCAUCCACCCUGUUUAUUGCAGCAACGUAAAUAUUCAAAAUAUCUCAAUCUCUGCCCCUUCAGAAUCCCCUUAUACUGUUGGCAUAGUACCAGAUUCUUCAGAUAAUGUUUGCAUUGAGGAUUGUACCAUUACCGUGGGUUAUGAUGCAAUUGCCCUCAAAAGUGGGUGGGAUGAGUAUGGCAUUGCUUAUGGCAGGCCCACAAAGAAUGUGCACAUCAGAAAGUUGCAUCUCAGAGCAUCUUCUGGCUCCACUCUUGCGUUUGGCAGUGACAUGUCUGGUGGUAUAUCCAAUGUUCUUGUGGAAUAUAUUCAUAUUCACAACUCCAGUGGUGGAAUUGAGUUUAGAACCACCCGAGGCCGAGGCGGUUACAUUAAAGAAAUUGUCGUUUCAGAUGUAGAAAUGGAGAAUGUCAAUACAGCUUUUGCUGCCACAGGUUAUUGUGGGUCUCACCCAGACGACAAGUUUGACCCUGAUGCUCUUCCAUUGUUAAAUCACAUUACCUUGCAGAAUGUGAUUGGUAGAAACGUCACCAUUGCUGGAAGCUUCUAUGGGAUUCUAGAAUCACCUUUCCGUAACAUAUGUCUUUCCAACAUAACCUUUUCCACAAACCCUGUUUCUUCCAGUUCAUGGGAUUGCUCAAAUGUCUCUGGCUUUUCUCACUCUGUGCUACCAGAGCCCUGCCCUGAUCUUCUGAACCCAUCAAAUUCCUCCUCUUCAUCCUGCUUUUCCCUGCUGAGGAUCAAUGGGCAAACAGCAGUUCUCUGAUUUUUUUUUUUUUUCAGCCAAGCUUAUAAUUUAAUUUUUGCUCCAUAACUUCUUCAAGAAGUUUUACUUCUAUCCCUUGAUUUUUCAUGAGAUCCCAUCUUAUCUUGAAGAGACCUAACUAUGUGAGGAUCAGUAAUGGAAUUAUCUAAUCCUCACAAAAUUAGGUACGAUGAAAAGAUUGGAACCUUCAAAAUCAAGGGAUAAAAUGAAAUUUCUUGUCAAGUUAAUGGACUGAAAAACCUACUUUUCUCAUCAAAAGAUUCAUAUACUCAAGCAGUCUUGCUUGAGCUUGCUGGGG